AUGGAGAGAGAAGACGACAGACCAUCUCUAAGCUCGCCAUUGAUUCAAGCUUGCGAAGAAGAUGUAACUAAGGAGACUGGGAGAAAUAACCAUGGAAUAAAGGGAUUUAAGAGAGAGGAAAUAGUUAAAGAAGUGAAGAAGCAGAUAUGGCUGGCAGGACCUCUUAUUUGUGUGAGCUUAUUGCAGUACUCUAUACAGAUAAUAGCUGUUAUGUUUGUAGGUCACCUUGGUGAAUUAUCUCUCUCCGGUGCUACCAUGGCCCUUUCUUUCACUUCCGUCACCGGUUUCAGCUUGUUGGUGGGAAUGUCGAGCGCAUUGGACACAUUAUCAGGCCAGUGCUAUGGUGCAAAGCAGUACCGUCUGAUGGGCAUACACUUGCAGAGAGCAAUGCUUGUUCUUUCACUUGUUUGCAUACCUCUCGCCAUCAUUUCCGCAAACACAAAAACAAUCCUAACAGCUCUAGGCCAAAAUGCUGCCAUUGCAGCAGAAGCUGGGGAAUUUGCGCGCUUCACGAUCCCUUCCCUUUUUGCAUACGGACUCCUCCAGUGCCUCGUCAGAUUCUUACAAACUCAAAACGUCGUGUUCCCGAUGAUGCUGAGCUCUGCGGUUACAGCUUUGCUUCACAUCCCUCUCUGUUGGGUUCUUGUGUUUAAAUCCGGUCUUGGUGGCAGGGGAGCUGCCCUGGCAAUUUCAAUCUCCUUUUGGAUCAAUGUGUUAUUAUUGGCGCUUUAUGUCAAGUUCUCUUCAUCAUGUGCGAAAACUUGGACAGGCUUUUCGAAGGAGGCUUUUCACAACGUUACUACAUUCAUUAGGCUUGCUGUUCCUUCAGCUGUCAUGGUUUGCUUGGAAAUGUGGUCGUUUGAAAUGAUUGUUCUUCUAUCCGGUCUUCUUCCAAACCCGGAGUUGGAAACCUCAGUGCUUUCUAUCAGUUUGAAUACAGCGGCAAUGGUUUGGAUGAUCCCUUUCGGACUCAGUUCUGCCGUGAGCACUCGUGUCUCCAAUGAAUUAGGAGCAGGGCGUCCAGAAACAGCGCGCUUAGCAGUGUGCGUUGUGUUAGUCAUGGCCAUUACCGAGGGUAUAUUGGUGGGAUCGGUCCUGAUACUGAUACGCAACUUCUGGGGCUACGCUUAUAGCAACGAAAGAGAAGUUAUCGAUUACCUUGCAACCAUGAUGCCUAUACUUGCAACAUCCAACUUUCUAGACGGCCUCCAGUGUGUUCUUUCGGGCACUGCUAGAGGAUGUGGGUGGCAGAAGAUUGGAGCAUAUGUGAAUCUCGGGGCGUACUACUUGGUUGGAAUUCCUUUGGCUAUUUUGAUGGCUUUCGUCCUUCAUGUUGGUGGAAAGGGGCUCUGGCUGGGGAUCAUCUGUGCACUGAUUGUGCAAGUCUUGUUGCUUCUUACCGUAACCAUACGCACGAACUGGCAGAAGGAGGCAAAUAAAGCUACAGAAAGAGUGUACGAGUCGACAGUUUGUGUGGACGUAGUCACAUAGUGUCAUGAAGCUGAACUAUGACGGACAACAGAUUCCACGUACACUAGGUGCAUACGCGUAAUGAAUAAACCUCCGGAAAAAUCUUGCCAGUGUCAAUGGUGGUGCAACUCGAUAUGAUUUACAAUAUGCAACUGAUUAAUAAACCUUUGUUGUUUAUGAAGAAAUUCAAGAAUAUAUUCCUAUCCUACAAGGAAUUCAUUUUUGCUAAAAUGAUUCAAAAUAUGCGUUUUCUUUUCGGUUU